GCAGGGAGGCAGGGGAGACGAGAGCUUGCGCAAGGUCCCAGCACGCAUCUCGUUCCAGUGAGAAACAUGGCGUCCGCCUUGCUGUUACUGUCGUUUCCGUGCCCCGCGCGUCCCGCACCGCUCCGGAGGUGCUGGGAGCUGCUGCAGCAACUGCAACAGAGCUGGAACGGGCUUGCCAGUCCUCAGUGGGCACCAGCAUUAGCAGUCCAGGGUCCACCCAUACUCACAGAACUAGAACAUCAUACCAGUGGAAAUAAAGAGGAGUCCAGCUUUUUAGAUAGUAUCUUUUGGAUGGCAGCCCCCAAAAACAGACGCACCAUUGAAGUUAACCGGUGUAGGAGAAGAAACCCCCGGAAGCUUAUUGCAAUUAAGAACAAUAUAGACAUUUGCCCUGAAUGUGGUCACAUGAAGCAGAAACAUGUCCUUUGUGGCUAUUGCUAUGAGAAAGUACGCAAGGAAACAACAAAAAUCCGACAGCAAAUAUGGGCUCAAGAAGGGGGCCCCUUUAAAGCUCCCACCGUCGAGACUGUGGUACUGUACACAGGAGAGAAACCAUCAGAGCAAGAUCAGGGCAAGAGGAUUGUUGAACGAAACAUGAAGAGGCCAUCUUGGUUCACCCAGAAUUGACACUGAAGAAGUUAAAAGAAUGAGUUCAUAGUAAGGAAGGUUCCAUAGUAAGUCUCUCAAAUCAGGGGUCUUUGUUUUCAUAUCAUCAGUGUGUUUUAAAAUGGACUUUAGUAGCUGUUAGUUUUAAAUGAGGUAAUUUGAAAAGUGUAUCUUUAAUAAACUCAAUAUGUUUAUGCAAAGGCUCAGUAGAUUAAUAUGUGUGUUCCUGUAAUGCUGUUGGGUUUUAAUUAAACCUAAAAUUUCCAGACCAAAACAAAAAGUAAUUUAAUAAAAUUCAUAGCAGGUUAUAUAGUCUGUUUGAAUUCUUGCAGAUUUUUUUAAAUGAUAGUUGUGUCAAUAAGAAAAGGUUGUAGGCCAGGCAUAUGGCACACUUCUUUUAUCCCAGCAUUCAGGAGUAGAAGCAGGAGGAUCUCAAGUUCCAGGCCAUCCAGGGCUAUAGAGUGAGACUCUGUCUCAAAAAAGGAAAGAGAGAGACUUUCUUCUUUGUUGUUGUUUUAGCAAAAUUGUCUUUGGAAGGAUUUACUUUUUAUGGAAUAUACUGUAGUAAUUUACUUAAAUAAUAGAAAUAGUUCUCAUUUUACAGUAAUCAAAAUCACAUCCCAGUGUCAUUGUAGAUGUUUGUGAGAUUGUUUGGAGAAAGUUUUUUUUAGUGAGAUUAAUAAAUUCUAGUAUAUAAAGAAAUGUACUAUGGAUAUAGAUUCAACUUUUCUACCACUAUAACUUUUUAGUUUAAUUUAUAUUCUAGUAUUUUUCCUAACUUGGAGCAAUAACAUCUUUAACAUUCUUCAAUCCAUUUCUUAUUUUCACUUCAAUUUCUGAGUCCCUUUGUAGCCCAUGGCUUGCUAGCUUAUUUUUUCACUCCAAGUACAAUAAAGAUAGCUCACUGAAGUAAGGGAAUUAAAAUUAAAUGAAAAACAACAAAAUUUUUAAGAACCACAGUAAAUACUUGGAAUAUACUUAAAACAAAGUAUGUGCCAUGAUAAUCUGAACAUUUACUAAUUGAAAAUAAUUUCAACUCUGAACUUUUAUUUGAAGAGAAGGAAUAUUCAUGUGAGUCUAGAAGUCUCUGGAUACUAAACUGGGCAAAUGCUUCUCCCAUGGGGCUUCCAAAUGAAGGGAAUAUAAUAAGGUCAUCCAUGUGGGUGUUCUACAGACAAAUGACCAAUUUCAUGGAAUGUAUUAAACUGUAGUCCAGUGGAAGCAAAUCUGAAGUAUGAUCCUAAUUAGUCUUACCAUAAAAACCAAGAGUCAAUUAUUGGGGUAAUAACCUGAAAGAUCAAAGAAGCAGAGCAGCUUCUGGAGACUUCUUACCUCUACGAAUCCUCAGACGGAAAGGGGGGCCAAGAUUGUGUCUCCACCCACCUUAUAUUCCUGUCUUUCACCUCCUGAUUGUGCUGGGAUUAAAGGUGUAAGCCUCCCAAAUGCUGGGAUCAAACAUGUGAGUCUUCCAAGUGCUGGGAUUAAAGGCUUGUGCCACCACCACCUAGCCUCUAUGGUUAACUAAUGACUAGCUCCACCCCCUGAUCUCCAGGCAAGCUUUAUUUGUCAGAAUACAAACAAAAUAUACAACAAAAAUCUUUUAAACCUAGAGAGCAUAGAACCCCAGUAAAUAGCUCUUUGAAGGAUUGACUCAAUCCAAGAAGGAGAAAAAAACAUAGGAGUUGGUUAUGGAUUUUUGGACAUUGUUAAAGCAGUCCUCCACAAAUGAUUUAUUUUAUCUUGGCAAGUCAGACAUGUGCUAUAUGUCAGACUUUUAGUUGGAUCUACUUGAAGUUAAAUCCUUGGUUCAUGAAAGCCAAGGCUCACUGGAUGUACCUUUGAUUGAAAGACUGUUGGCACAUGCCUUUAAUCCCAGCACUUGGGAGGCAGAACCAGGCGGAUCUCUGUGAGUUCAAGGCCAGCCUGGGCUACCAAGUGAGUUCCAGGAAAGGCACAAAGCUACACAGGGAAACCCUGUCUCGAAAAGCCAAAAAAAAAAAAAAAGUGCAAAAUGUAUGCUAGGUAACAAAUCUUUCAGUUGGGAGGCAGUUUAUAAGGGUUGAGCCCCUCACACACAGGACUAAUUCCCUUGGAGAAGUAUUCAGUUUUUAAAAGAUUCUUUUAAAGUAUGAGUUAUUUUUUCUUAGUUUUUGUGCAGCAAACCCAAGAUAAACCAUUUAGUAAAUACCCAGAGUAGGGCCUUUAAAGUACCAGUUGAUAAAAAUUUGGUUCUAUCUUCUCAGAACUCUUUUCUAGCCUCACCCUACCCCCACACCCUUCUAUAUGCAGUUGGUAAUUUUAGGGAAAAGAUUUGUCUCUGGGUUUAGAUCUGUGAUAAGGAACUCUACUGCCUGUGAUUAUCAUUAAAUAAAUAGACUGCUCUAUCUUCA